AUGAACAAGACUUUGUUCUUGCGUAUUGUGCAUAGACUCUCCCAAGAAGUUGAGUAUUUCCAACCAAGAGAAGAUGCAGCAAUUCGACAAUUGGCGUAUGGUGGUGGGGCUGAUACCGUUGACGAAUAUGUCCGACUAGGUGAAACAACAGCUAGAAUAUGUUUGCACCAUUUUACCGCCGGAAUCAUCCAACUUUUUGGCGAUGAAUACCUAAGACGUCCCACACCGGAGGAUCUGCAAAGACUACUAUAUAUUGGAGAACAACUUGGAUUCCCAGGGAUGGUUAGAAGCAUCGACUGUAUGCAUUGGGAGUGGAAGAAUUGCCCAGCAUCUUGGAAAGGAAUGUAUUCACGAGGAACCGGAAAACCAACAAUUGUGUUGGAGGCGGUAGCUUCAUACGACCUAUGGAUAUGGCACGCGUUUUUUGGAGCUCCAGCCCCACAAGUAAACUUCUAUGUAAAUGGUAACCCGUACCAUUUGGCAUAUUAUCUCACGGAUGGCAUUUAUCCGAACUAG